AUGGCGCCCUCGAUCGAGGAGCUCGAUGCGACCGUCCGCACCUUCUACGAGGGUCGCGGCGAGCAGCAAAAGAAUGCCCAAGCUGCGCUCAACCAGUUCAAAGAAGACCCCGAUGCGUGGCUGCUCGUCGAUCAAAUCCUGUCUGAUGCCUCAUAUCCGCAAACCAAGUAUCUUGGUCUCCAGGUGCUGGACAACGUGAUUAUGACGAGAUGGAGGGUCUUGCCAAGAGAGCAAUGUCAAGGUAUUCGUAACUUCGUCGUGAACUUCAUCAUUCAGUGCUCCAGCUCCGAGGAGUCGCUCAAGGCCCAGCGUACCUUGCUCAACAAGCUCAACUUGGUCCUCAUCUCCAUUCUGAAACAGGAGUGGCCUCACAAUUGGCCUACCUUUAUCAAUGAGAUCAUCUCGUCUUGCCGAACGAGUCUGUCGAUAUGCGAGAACAACAUGAUCAUUCUGCGCCUUCUUUCGGAGGAGGUCUUCGACUACUCGGCCGAUCAGAUGACCUCGGCCAAGACAAGAAAUCUCAAGACUACCAUGUGCAAUGAGUUUUCUCAAAUCUUCCAGCUCUGCCAGGAGAUUCUUACCACAGCCAACCAACCUAGCUUGGUGAACGCCACUCUGGAGACGCUCUUGCGAUUCUGCAACUGGAUCCCCCUUGGCUACAUCUUCGAGACGCCUUUGAUCGAGACAUUACGUUCGCGCUUUUUGGAAGUUCCCGAAUUCCGAAACAUUACCUUGCAAGUGUUUACCGAGAUUGGUGGAUUAACAACAGCCGCCCAUGGACAACCAAAUGCGUACAGCGAGCAGCUCGUCAAGAUGUUCUGCGAGGUCCUGACCACAGUUGCCGGUUUCAUUCCCCUCGAGCUAGACCUCAAGUCUACAUACCCUCAGAGCAACUCGAAGGAUCAGGAGUUCAUCCAGAACUUUGCCCUCUUCCUGUGCAAUUUCUUUGGCCAACACGUCAAUCUUAUCGAGAACUUGCCGAACCGCGACUUCCUUACUCAUGGUCACUUUUACCUCAUUCGAAUCUCGCAAAUCGAGGAUCGUGAGAUUUUCAAGAUCUGUCUGGACUACUGGCUCAAGCUCGUCCAAGAGCUGUACGAGGAAAUGCAGUCGGCACCUCUGCAGGAAAUGAACCCCUUGAUGAGCUUGGGCAGUACCGGAGCAACAUCGGGCGCACCGAAUCCAAGCGUUCUCGCAAGUCUCCCGCUGCGUAUGCACAAGUUCAAGGAAGUUCUUUCGAAUCUGCGUGUUGUUAUGAUUGAGAAGAUGGUCCGCCCAGAGGAGGUCCUCAUUGUCGAAAACGACGAGGGUGAGAUUGUGCGAGAGUUCGUCAAGGAAAGUGACACCGUACAGCUGUACAAGACCAUCCGCGAGUGUCUUGUUUACCUGACGCAUCUGGACGUCGUUGACAUGGAGAAUAUCAUGACCGAGAAGCUUCAACGUCAAGUCGACAACACCGAAUGGUCUUGGCACAACUGCAAUGUUCUCUGCUGGGCUAUCGGUUCCAUCUCCUUGGCCAUGAACGAAGAGACCGAGAAGCGCUUCCUGGUCACAGUUAUUAAGGAUCUUUUGGGCCUUACAGAAAUGAAACGAGGCAAGGACAACAAGGCCGUCGUUGCUUCCAACAUUAUGUACAUUGUUGGACAGUACCCCCGAUUUCUGAAGGCUCACUGGAAGUUCCUUAAGACGGUCGUCAACAAGCUGUUCGAAUUCAUGCACGAAUCCCAUGAAGGUGUUCAAGACAUGGCUUGCGAUACUUUUAUCAAAAUCGCCCGCCAGUGCCGCCGUCACUUCGUGGCUCUGCAGCCAAGUGAGAGCGAGCCCUUUAUUGAAGAGAUCGUUCGCAACCUGCCUCGGAUUACUUGCGACUUGACACCGCAGCAGGUACACACUUUUUACGAAGCUUGUGGCUUCAUGGUCUCCGCCCAGGGAAACAAGCACCAGCAAGAGAGGUUACUCGCCGAAUUGAUGGGGGCACCGAAUGCUGCAUGGGAUGAGAUCAUUCGUGCUGCCACCCAGGAUCCCACUAUCCUGCAGGAUGCCGAGACCAUCAAGAUUAUCGGUAACAUCAUGAAGACUAAUGUCUCGGCUUGUUCUUCUGUUGGCCCAUACUUUGGCCCUCAAAUCGGCAGGAUCUACUUGGACAUGCUCCAGAUGUACCGCGCAACCAGUCAGCUGAUCUCUGAUGCUGUCGCUCGCGAUGGCGAGCUUGCACCACGUAUGCCCAAGGUUCGAGGCCUGCGAACUAUCAAGAAGGAAAUUCUCAAGUUGAUUGAGACUUAUGUGGACAAGGCUGAGGAUUUGACUGCUGUCCGGCAGCAAAUGGUUCCUCAACUGCUGGAUUCUGUUCUGGUUGAUUACAACCGCAACGUGCCCGGUGCGAGGGAUGCCGAAGUGCUGAAGGCCAUGUCGACCAUCAUUGGUAAACUGACCAACUUGAUGGAAGACCAGGUACCCGUCAUCAUGCAGAACGUCUUUGAGUGCACACUGGAGAUGAUCAACAAGGACUUCUCCGAAUUCCCCGAGCAUCGUGUGGAGUUUUUCAACCUCCUGCGAGCCAUCAACCUGCACUGUUUCCCAGCUCUCUUAAAGUUGGACAAUCGUCAAUUCAAGUUUGUUAUUGAUGCUUGCAUGUGGGCCAGCAAGCACGACAACCGUGACGUUGAGGGUGCUGGUCUUAACAUGUGCCUGGAGCUUGUCAAUAACAUUGCGGAAAAGACCGAUGACCCGACCAAGAACGCUUUCUUCCAGCAGUUCUUUACACCCAUCCUACAGGAUGUGUUCUUUGUCCUAACCGACCCGGAUCACAAGGCUGGUUUCAAGACUCAGUCGAUGCUGCUGAUGAAGCUGUUCAACUAUGUGCUGCCCGCUGAAGGUGGUACUCCCAAGAUCCAAGGCCCUGUCUACACCGACCAGGCUCCUUCGGGUACUUCGAACCGUGAUUUCCUCGCUAACUUCGUCGGAAAUCUGCUUCGCAAUGCGUUCCCCAACCUCCAGAUUGCCCAAAUCAACCUUUUUAUCGAAGGCUUGAUUGGUCUCAACAACCAGUACGACAAGUUCAGACUGAACCUGCGUGACUUUUUGAUCUCUCUCAAGGAGUUUGCUGGUGAUAAUGCCGACCUGUUCGCGGUUGAGAAGGAACAGGAGACCCAACAAAAGCUGACCGCGGACCAUGAAAGACGAGCCAAGGUUGGUGGUCUGCUGAAGCCUUCUGAGAUCGAGGCCGAGGAUGAUGAACUGUGA